AGAUGUCAGUGGAAUUACGCAGCACUGUCCUUAGGUUUCAGGAUUUUAUUUUUUCUUGAAAAGGCAACUCAAACACAAAUGGAUCCAUAUUGGAGUCUGCAUAGAUACAAGAUAAGUUUAUUUGCUUUUAAACAGUUUUUAAAUUGUUCUUAAACUUAACUAAGUCUGUAUUGAUGCAUAAAACAAUAUGUAGUCUUGCUGCACCGUAUGCUGAAGGAUCCUAAAGCCAUGUGUGCAGUCAUGGAUCCAAGGACUGUGCUCGUUUAUCUGCUCCUCCUGGCACCGUUUUGCACCCACUCACUCGGACAGGUCUUCAACCUGACACUGUCUGUGAAGGAGGGUCUGCCCGCUAAAACCAUCGUUGGAGAUCUGGGAGCUGUUCUGAGAACAUCCACCACCGGCUUCUUCAUCUCAGAGAGCAGAGACUCUUAUGUGUUUAGAGACCUGGAGAUAGACGUAGACACAGGGAUCAUCUCCACGGCGGUGGUCCUGGACAGAGAAAGCAGAGACAAGUAUGAGUUUGUAGCUGCCACUCUCACGGGAGAGGUUAUAAGGGUGAGGAUAGAGGUGGAGGAUGUGAACGACCACUCACCUGUGUUUCCCAGUAAAAGAGUGGAGCUGGAAAUCUCAGAGCUGAGUCCUCUGGGGAGUCGCUUUCAGCUUGAAGGUGCAAAAGACCAAGAUGAGGGGGAGUUCAGUACUCAGGGAUACAGGAUUAAAGAGACUGAGGUAGAAGAUUUGUUCCAGUUGGAUUUUGGAAUGGGAUCUGAGAAGCACCACAGCUUGGAUCUUGUUCUAAACAGCAAGGUAGACAGAGAGACCCAGGACUUUUUCACCUUGACCAUUGAGGCUUUUGAUGGGGGGAUCCCAGCCAGGACCGGGACAGUCCAGGUGGACAUCCGCAUCCUGGAUGAAAAUGACAACCUUCCGGUGUUCAACCAGAGUGAAUACCACACCUCAGUACGCGAGGAUGCUCCGGUUGGGUCUGUCAUCUCUCAGGUGCUGGCCAGUGACCAUGACCUGGGCGACAACAGCAGGAUCACUUAUGAGAUUAAUAGGCGUCAGAGUGACCCAAACCAUAUUUUCUCCAUAAAUGAAACCUCUGGAUUAAUUUAUCUCAACAAGCCACUUGAUUUUGAAGCUCAUCCUUUUCAUGAGCUGAUUGUCAGCGCCAGAGACAAUGGUGCUCAGCCUGAGUACAGCAGCACCUUUGUGGGUGUCAAGGUGCUUAACAUCAACGAUAACAGCCCCACAAUCAGUGUGCUGUUUCUCAGUGAGACGGGAGAAGCAGUGGUGUCAGAGGCAGCAGCUGUUGGAGACUUUAUUGCCAGGAUUUCGGUGUCAGACCCAGACUUGGAGGAGCACAGAAUCACCGUUCUCCUGGAGGGAGGAGAGGGGAAGUUUACCCUAAAGCAAACAGACGAUUUUCUGUAUGCCUUGUGUGUUAACUCAGAGCUGGACAGAGAAGAAAAGGAUCUCUAUGAGCUGAAGGUGCAAGCAUCCGAUUUUGGAAGCCCUCCUCUGAGUAGUGAGAUGGUUUUCAUCCUGAAGGUGUCUGAUGCUAACGACUGCCAACCAGUCUUUGAACAGGAUGUAUACACUGUAAGCAUUGCUGAGGACGCUCCUCCUGGUAGCUCCCUACUACAGAUCAAGGCCCAAGAUACUGAUGAAGGCGUCAACUCAGAAAUCAGAUACUCCAUCUUGAAAUCACACCAGGAGGGCCUGAUCAGCAUUGACCAGGAAUCUGGUCUGGUCAUUACAGCUGCAGAUUUUGACAGGGAGACUCAGAUGGAGGUGUGGUUCCUGGUCCUGGCAGAAGACGGAGGGGAGCCAACAUUAUCUGCUACUGCUACAGUUACAGUGCUGGUGGAGGACGUUAACGACAAUGAACCAGUGUUCCAGCAGCAGCUGUACAACGUGUCCAUACCAGAACACUUGGACAUUGGAAGCUGCUUUCUACAAGUUGUGGCUACUGACGAAGAUAGCCCUGAGUUUGGUGCUCUACUCUACUCUUUGUCUGAUGGCUUUGACAGCCAGGAAAAACAUCCUGUGUUCCACAUCCAUCCACACUCAGGAGAGCUGUGCGUGUCCAAGGACAUUGAUAGAGAUAUUGGGCCAGCUUUCCAUGACAUUCUGAUCAAAGCAGAAGAUCCAGGAGGUCUAAGUGCUCAGACAUAUGUGCACAUUGAAAUACAAGAUUUAAACGACAACCCUCCAGUGUUCAGCCCUGAAGAGUACACCGUGAGCGUCAGCAGCUAUGCACCACCUGGUACCGAAAUUCUUAACGUUAUUGCUACAGACCGAGACUCCGGGAGGUUUGGCCAGAUAACCUACAAAAUUAAACCAGGAGACAUGUCUAGUUUAUUCACACUGGAUUAUCAAACAGGGAUGCUCUUUUUGAACACUUCUCUGACUUACUUGGGUGCAGCCAGCAUGAAGCUCCUCAUAACAGCACAGGAUGAAGGUGGCUUAACUUCAGCCAAACCUGCAGAAGUCACUAUCAAUGUUCUCCAAAGUGCUCAGGCUCCAGCUGUGUUUCAGAGGCUGCGCUACACAUUUACAGUUCCUGAAGAUGCACCAGUGGGAACAUCUGUGGGAACUGUGAAGGCCAGUAACCCAACCGAUGCUACAGAGUCUGUUUCUUACAGAAUCUCUUCCGGGGACCCUCACCAUUGGUUUUCGGUACAUCCAAAGUCGGGUAUUAUCAGUACCAUUAAACCUCUUGACCAUGAGUCUCAGCAAUAUGCCUUGCUAUUUCUUCAGUCAUAUACUGACAAAUCUCCAAUUUACGGCACUACUCAAGUCAACAUUACCAUUAACGAUGUCAAUGACAAUGCCCCGGUGUUCCCUAAACGAAGAGAUACCAUCAUGGUGUCUCUUAAUACUCGGCCUGGGACAGUGCUGUUUAUUGCUCAUGCACAUGACUAUGACAGUGGUACCAACGCUGUGGUAAAGUAUCAUCUAAAAAAUAGCAGAAGCGAAGUGUUCUCCAUUGACCCCAACCUUGGAACACUUAGACUUAAUAAGAAUUUGCAAGUCAGCCGUCAAAAAAGCUACAACGUAGAUAUUGUGGCUGAGGAUGAAGGAGAUCCUCCUCUGAGCUCUACAUUUGCCCUCACAGUCAAUAUUGACCAAACAGCUGCAGAUGAAAGCCUGGCCUUUGAAACUCUGGUCUACCAGGUGGAGAUAGGCGAAGGCUAUCGCAAAGACUCUCGCAUCAUCCAGGUGAGGGCGCACCGCACUCGAGGAUCUCGCUCUUCACACUCAGACCUCACUUACUCCUUAGAAGCAGAAGCUGGGUCCCCUCCCCCUCCUUUUCGCAUUCACCCAAAGACAGGAUGGUUGUAUCUCUCCAGCAAUCUAGACUAUGAAACAGAGUCAAGAUAUUGCUUUCAGGUGUUGUCCACCUACACAGAGGCCUCAUUGGCAAAUAUCACGGCAACAGCAACUGUGAUUGCACUGGUACUAGACAUCAAUGACAAUCCCCCUGUGUUUGUUAGCGAUGUUUACCACUUCACUGUAUCAGAGGGGACAUCUCCACAAGGCUUAGUGGGAACAGUCAGGGCCAAGGAUGAGGACUCUGGGAAAAACAGCCAACUGUCAUACAUCCUUCUGUCAGAUGGCAAAUACUUCCGCAUUAAUAGUAAAACAGGUGAAAUCAUCAACUGGGUGGCACUGGACCGGGAGCAGCACAGCCAGCACAGCCUGACAGUGAUGGUGACAGACCAGGGUCACCCUCGUCUCAAUGCCACCGCCAGCAUUCAUGUCCUGGUCACUGAUAUCAACGACAACUCUCCACAGUUUAAUCAUCUGCCUUCAAGCAAAGAGCUAAACAUUCCUAUAUGGGCCGGCAUACCUGCAGGAUUCUUAGUGGCCAAUAUGUUUGCCAAAGACUUGGAUGCUGGAGAGAAUGGAACAGUUACUCAUACACUAGUAAUCCUUGGAUCGGAGGAAGAAGAUUCUCUCAAACACUUUGAGAUUGACGGUAAAAGUGGAGACAUAAGAACUACGCAGUUUUUCAGUCAGGGAACUGAACCCUUUUACACACUGAAAAUAACUGCCAGGGACGGCGGAGCCCCAUCUCUGGAGGAUACUGCUGUGGUUCAUAUACAGGUUUAUGGAUUGGAGGAUCAGCAUGGUCGCUUAGAGCACCAAGCACUGAGGUAUUUCUCAGUGAGGGAGGACGCCGAGCCUGGAACUGUCAUUGGAUCUGUUAGUGUUUCAGAUAAAAGUGGAUUUCAGUACACCAUCACAGAGGGAGAUGGGAGUAUUCACUUUGGAAUAGACAGCACGUCUGGGGAUGUCUUCGUCAACCAGCCGCUGGAUUAUGAGUCUGCCAGACAGUACUUCCUGGUGGUUCGAGCUGAAGAUGUCGGCCCAUCUGUUAGUGUAAAUGCCUCAGUGUUGGUGAGCGUGGUGGUGGAGGACGUAAACGACAACACACCUUGGUUCCCUGAUAAACUCCUGAUGUUUGGUCUGAGGGAAGAUGCAGCAGUGGAAUUUCUGGCCUUUGCUUUCCAUGCCAGAGAUGCUGAUGGGACUUUCCCAAACAGUGACCUUCGUUACACUCUGACCUUUGACCCCGAAGUCAGUGGGUCACCCCCACACUUCCCUUUUCAAAUUAACCCAUAUACAGGCGCAAUGACAGUUGCAGCACCGUUAGACCGCGAGAGCACUCCGACUUUUGUUUUCACAGUAACCGCCACAGACCAGGCAGAGGCAAUAGAGGAGCGUAAACAGACAUCAGUGACGGUUCAGCUCUUCCUGCUGGAUGUAAAUGAUAACCGGCCUGUGUUCGUGUCCACUGACUCAGUCCAGCUGAUGGAGGAUACAGAGGUGGGGAGUUUGCUUCACCAUUUUCUGGCUGUAGAUGGUGAUCAAGGUGAAAACGGAAUGGUCUCCUACUCCAUAAUGGCUGGAAACAAGAGAAGGUUCUUCACACUGGAGGAGAAAACUGGCCUCUUGUUUCUCUCUGCUCCUUUGGACUAUGAGACGCAGCGUUUCCACCGUCUAAUUGUCAGGGCUUCUGAUCAGGGCAUCCCGUCUUUGUCCUCCACCCAGACUCUGACAGUGGAGGUGAGAGAUGUUAAUGAUCAGCCCCCAGUCUUCAGUCAGGCCACCUAUAUUACCAGUGUGGUGGAAAAUAAAGACCCUGGGGAGCCUGUAUUCAGAGUUUCAGCCUCUGAUAUGGAUUCAGAAGACAAUGCUGUGGUGUGGUAUAGUCUCCUGCCAGGCCCUGGCUACGAGUUCUUUAGCAUCAACCCACAUACCGGUCUGAUCACCACUACGUCCCACCUUGACAGAGAAAAGGAGCAACAUUUUAUCCUCAGAGUCCAGGCUCGUGACAGCGGCCCUCGCCCUCUGUCAGGGACGGCAACGGUCCUGUGUUCGGUCCUGGAUGAGAACGACAACCCUCCAGAGUUCAUGCAGCCAAUGUUCCAGAUCAGCUUGCCAGAAAAUCUUUCUCCUGGAGUUAUACAUGCAGCUCUCGCCUCUGACCCAGAUCACGGAGAGAAUGGCACCAUACAUUACUCUAUUUUAGGUGAGGACUACAGGGAUAGAUUUACCAUCAACAGUAAAACUGGUGAGGUUAGCACCCUGCAGGUUCUGGAUCGGGAAGAAAUGCAGAACUACACUCUUACCAUUCAGGCUCAAGAUUCAGGUCCCACACCUCUCAGCUCAACCACACAGCUUCACCUUGUUCUUCUGGACCAGAAUGACAAUGUCCCCUCCUUCAGUCAUGAGAACUAUCAUGCCGUAAUCAGUGAGGGUUUACCAUCAGGAGCUGAGGUCCUGCAGCUCAGCGCCUUCGAUCCUGAUGAGGGGCCCAAUGGGGAUGUGACCUUCACCUUGACAGAGGACAACAGCCAUGGGGCCUUUUCAGUGGACCCCUUUACUGGCAUUGUUCGCACUACGAGGUCCUUGGACAGAGAAAACCAGGAUCAAUACACCCUCAAAGCUAUGGCCACAGACGCCUCUUCGCAAGGCCCAUUGAGCUCUGUGGCAUCCCUGAAAAUUCAUGUGCAAGAUGUGAAUGACAACAUGCCAGUCUGUGACCAGAACCCAAUUAACACAUGGAUUUCUACUAGGACUCAACCAAAUGAGGCAGUGACGACAGUGAUAGCAACAGAUGCUGACCAGGGUGAAAAUGGGACGAUUCAUUUUAGUUUAUCUGAAGAGGAAAAUCUGUUUGACAUCAACACUGAUUCAGGAGAGAUUUCACUGAGAAGGCGAGUAAGAGAAGGAUUCUCUGGAAGAAAGCUGCAGGUCCUGGUCUCAGACCGAGGGCAUCCCUCUCUGACCACCACCUGCCUGGUUCUGGUUCAUCUGAAAGGAGAUCAUGAAGGACUUCAGUUCACAAACAAAGUGUACAAUGCUACUGUCAAAGAGAACAGCAGAGCAGGUACUUGGAUUGCAAAGGUGGAGGCCAGUGACGACACCAACAGCAGACAAAGAAUAAAAUACACAAUAUUUAGUGGCAACGAGAAUGGAAUAUUCUCCAUAAAUCAUUACACAGGAGAGAUCCGAUUGCAGAAAGAAAACUCUCUGGACUUCGAAGUGAGCCCUCAGAUUCAACUGGUUGUUCUUGCCGAAACGGGACUGCACACAGCUCACUGCAGGGUCUUCAUCACUCUGCUAGAUGUCAAUGAUAACCCACCGCUCUUUGAACUCAGGAGCUACAGAACAGCUAUUUGGGAAGGUCAAGGGCGGAACACCUAUGUCAUGCAGGUAUUUGCAUCUGAUGCUGACAGUGGUGAGAAUGGAGAGAUCGAGUACUCCAUUGUGUCCGGCAACAUUAAUGAGGCUUUUAUUUUGGACUCUCUAAGAGGCAUCCUUGCCACCAACGUUCUGCUGGACCGUGAAAUAACUCACUCUUACAAGCUUAUUCUGCAGGCAGUGGACAGGGGAAAGCCUCCUCUGAGUAGCACCGCCACAGUCAGGGUCCAAGUGGUGGAUGUUAAUGACAACAGCCCUGCCAUACCACCAAUGGAGCCCGUGUAUAUAUCUGAAAAUCUACCAGUAGGUUAUGUGGUCACCCAGGUGUCUGUGAAUGAUGUUGACCUCAGCUCAACCAUCACCUUCAGUUUUUCAGACAACAGUAGCACCAGCAAUCCCUUCGCUAUCGACCGCUACACAGGUGCUAUCACGCUGACUCAACCUCUUGACUAUGAGGUGGAGACGGACUAUACUCUGACAGUGUGGGCGUCAGACUCGCUCCAUGAGACAAGUGGAGAGGUUGCGGUUCGAGUGCUAGAUGUCAAUGACAAUUCUCCGGUCUUCAUACAGGUCUCCUAUCAGGUAGAGGUGUCAGAGCUGGCCUCAGAAGACACUUUAGUUGUGACCGUUGCUGCUGAUGAUAAAGACUCUGGUCUCAAUGGCAAGAUCAGCUACAGACUGCUUUCAUCUCCUCUUAAUGCCUUUUAUAUCCAUCCAGACAAUGGUUCCAUUUUCACCAAGAUGCCCCUAAGGACCAUUACAAACAGCAACCUGCUCCAUCUUCUGGUCGAAGCAAGAGAUGGAGGCGAUCCCAUAAGAUCCACAGUCACCUCUGUGGAUCUGGUGAUUCUAGACUCAAAUGACCAUCAGCCUUUGUUUCACCAGGAUGUUUACACACUCACCAUCCCUGAGGAUACAUCUCCAGAAACAACCCUGCUCACUCUUUCUGCCCAGGACGAAGACUGUAGUCCAGCAAAUUCCCAUUUGGACUAUGCCAUAAUCAGUGGAAAUCAAGACAAACGAUUCUGUUUAGAAGAGAAAAUGAUUACCAUUGAAAAUCAAAUUAAAAAAGUAGGGAGGCUAGUUUUGUGUAAAUCUCUAGACCGUGAAACAACUCAAUAUUAUGAACUCACAGUAAGUGUUUCUGAUCGAGGAAUACCCCCCCAGAAUAGUUCAUCAAUUGUUAAAGUGACUGUAACAGACUGCAAUGACAAUGCUCCUGUGUUUUCCAGCACAGAGUACCAUACACAAGUGAGUGAAAAUGUCCUGAUAGGAACCAGUUUGGUCCAGGUCAGCGCUUGGGAUCCGGACCUGGGCAUCAAUGGCCUUGUGAAUUAUGAAAUUAUUUCUGGGAACAGUAAAGGCCACCUUAAGUUGGACCCCCAGUCUGGUAUUUUAGUGGUCAAUCACUCCCUUGACUAUGAGGAAGAUUUGAAAUAUAUCCUCACUAUCAAGGCAACUGAUGGGGACCAGACAUCAGAAAACCAUAAUGUGGCUUUUACAGUUGUCUCGAUAGAAGUUCUGGAUGAGAAUGACAACACCCCAUACUUCAUGUUCCCGACAGUUAUAUGUUCAGUGCAGGAAAACCUCCCAGCAUUUACGCAUACAUGCUCUGUCCAGGCUGUUGAUAAGGACUCAGGUCCUUAUGGCCAGCUGACCUAUUCAAUAUUGUCCUCUUGCUUCAUGGAUUAUGGCAGCAGAAGCCCAGAGAGGAAGGACGCCUUUACCAUUGAUGGCCUUACUGGCGACAUUCUCACCAGACAAACUUUUGAUUACGAACGUGAGACUGAAUACUGCUUUGUAGUGGAGGCCAGAGACAAAGGUGACAAAUCCGCAACGGUGAAAGUCCAAGUGGCAAUAAAGGGAAUGGAUGAAUUUAGUCCCAUUUUCACUCAAAAAAAGUACCACUUCCCUCUUCCAGAAAACACUGUGACUGGGGAGACAGUUGGUUACGUGAUGGCAAUGGACCAUGAUGGAGGGGUAGAUGGGCUGGUAGAGUACUCGCUUUUGACGCCAUCUCCAUUUUUUUCAGUUAACAAAACAAUUGGAGCUAUUUUUGUGUCUGGUCCUGUGUAUCGCACACAAGCCAGCCAUGCCAGCAAAGAUAUAGUGGAACUGGUUGUGUCUGCAGGUAGUCCCAAAUUGGGUUCUAGAACCACAACUUGCCUGGUUUUUGUGAAUAUCUCCAGCUCAGCUGAAGCCCUAGUUGGGGUUCAUUUUGAUUCCCACAUACUUAGUUUGGGUGUGUCACUUCUUCUUUUCCUUUUUGUCCUUGUCAUCUUUGGAGGCAUAGUUUUCAGAUGCAAUAUUAAAAAAGCCGCCCUGAAAAACGCUGGUGCCAGUACUGAGCAGUUUAACCAUGGUACUGACUUAUCCAGGGAAUCCAACAGCCAGAUGCAAAGUGUAAUUUCCUUGGAGGAGUUAACACCACCUGUAGGUUUUGUUGCGAAGAGAGAAGUCUCUAACUCAUACAUGCAGUCAGAUUCAAGUGGCCGUGGAUCGGCGGAGGGUGAGACAGCUGAAGACCAGGAAAUUAAGUGGAUUAAUGAGUUUCCCUGCUAUAAAAAAGAUGACUUGAACAUGCAGAAACCUAAGUAUCCCAUAUCAAUCUUACCAGUUGACAACAUCUCCUGCCACUCUAUUGAUGUAGGACCAGAAUAUAUUUCAUCUCUUAGUAAAUGUUUAUCCAAGGGCAUAGCGAGCACAGAAAGUCUCCACCAUUUCAAAGAGGAGGGAGGAGGGGAGGGAUUGCUGCCUGCUGUUCUCAGGGUGAGAGAUUUAGAAGAGUCCAUGGGGGCAAAAGGGUAUGCCCCCCUCUCCAUGGCUCAAGUCUCUGCAGAUUCCCUGACAUCACUUGUCUGCCUUGAGGAGCCCCUUGAUGGUAGCUACAGCUGGGGUUUGCAUUUAGACUGGGAACCCCGCUUUCAAACUCUUGCUGCUGUAUUUUCUGAUAUUGGAAUGCUCCCUGAUGAGGAGCUUCAAGGAGGCCAUGAGGACUUUGCUACAGAGUCAAGCUCUCUGAUGUACCCACCACCUCUCAUAACCGGAAUUGCUCAGCCAGGCAUUCGGACUGUUCCACCGAGGAAGCCUGGACGAGUGCCAACAUUGAUCAGGAAGCCUUCCUACCCCAAAUAUGCUUAUUCUCCUUUAGCCAGGAACAGAGGAUUUACCCCGUCAGCUAUGACACCCACCUUUACCCCAUCAUUGUCCUCUCUCACCAUAAGAACCCCUAGCUCUUCACCAGUUGUGUCAGACACAGGAGUGGGGGGGAUCAGACUCGACUCAGGGCCCCAUACUGCAAGUCUUUUAGAAGCUGAACUUCAAGUGUAGAGUACAAAUCCAGUGCUCCACAGAUCACUCGAAAAACUCUGGUGAUGCACAGUCUGAGUUCCUGACAUUUUAAAAUGUGCCGGACUUUUCAUUUAGUAUUGUUCCGAUGUCUGUUUUCUAUGAAACCAUUCUUAGAACAAAAGUGAAUUUUAUAAACCACACAACACUUUUAUGCUGCAGUGAGCAAACCAUAAGUAAGUUCCAGCUUGGAGUGUAAGCAGCUCAGUGGCACCUGGUCUGUCACAGCCUGAUCCACCCUUACUACUGGUAAACAUAGGCUAUCUAUCAGACUGCUCCGGACUGUCAAUUCAAGUAGAAUAAAGCAUCGCACCACAUUAUCUGAACAUAAUAGUUUUUCUUUUUUCCACUACAGCUAAGACAGUAUGUAACUAUAGCAUAACAUUAAUGCACCAUUACUGCUUAUAUUGGUGCUCCUUUGCAGACAGCACAUAUCAUCUGCAUGUUACUUUAAAAUCUCUGCUCCUUACUUUUAGUCUUAAAGUCACAUAACUGUUAUGGUUUAGGCCGCUACACUAAAUGAGAGCUGAGCAGUUUGUUCGUACUCUCGAGUCAACAAGAACCAAAAAAGAUUAGUUUUGCCUCUGAUGAAUAUACUUACCGGUAAUAAGAACCUCAGCUGUCAAACUCAUAGAAUGUCCUAUCCACAGUAGCUUACAACCCGCCUGUGAAAAAACAACAGCAACACAGGGCCAGACUGGCCAUUCUUUUCAGAUUACUAAGAAGAGUAAAACAAAUUGGUUUAUAUUAUGUAUUUAGAAGAUGUAUAUUACAAAUGUUCAUAUUUUCUCACCACCUCUACCAGUUGAUCCUCAAACUAUUGAUCACAAUUCCGUAAAAGUUUAAAAAACAAUCCACUGGACUUGGUUUCCAAGAUUUGAAGACGUUUCGCUACCUCUCCAGGAAGCUUGAUCACAAUAGUUUCCAUGUAUUGAUUGCUGGACCUGAAAUAAAGGAGUACACGUCUGACCUAAAAAAAGGGAGGGGGAUCAUACCGGCUUUUUCUGCAUAACAACGCAUAUCCAGAUAAUGACCCAUCACAUAGUUGUUCUCACACAAGCUGUGAUAAGGAAGUUCUGUCCAGGCAAGUCAAGGUCAAGCAGCAAGAACCAACCGGACGGGGCUGCAAGAAAAAAAAUUAUGUAAUUUUGUUCUUGCAGCUGUAAGAUUAACAAAAAAACAUCUUACUUAUGAUGUAUAGAGCAGCUUUAAGUCUGGCCUAAAUGCAGAGUUACUGAGGAAGGGCAUUUAGUAUAUUACAUCUUUGGUUGCUUUCAUAACUGGCAUCUUUAGUAAAUCUGAACUAAUAACUUUAAAUAGCCUGAAAUAAAGCCUGUUUUGAAUUACAUUCUUUGAAAAGCUACAAUUUUAACAUGCCCAGAUGGUUAUGUUAAACAGUUAAAAGAAUGUGCUGUGUAAACAUUUACAAAAUGAAACACUUUUUAUUGCCAUUCUGCAGUUGGUUUCAAUGAUAGGUUAAAGUUUUAACAACCAAAAAAAAAACACCUUUUUUUAUUGUGUUCUCUGAAA